AACCCUAGAUCAGAGAAAUAGAACCGCAGGAGAGGAGAGAGAGCUAACACACCCGUCAAGCUAAAGAAGAAUCUGCAGGAGCUCGAUCCGUGAGCGUCAAUGGCGGAGCACUUGGCGUCUAUUUUCGGGACCGAGAAGGACAGAGUGAACUGCCCCUUCUACUUCAAGAUCGGAGCUUGCAGGCAUGGCGAUCGCUGCUCUCGGCUCCACACCAAGCCCACCAUCAGCCCCACCAUCCUCCUCUCCAACAUGUACCAGCGUCCCGACAUGCUAACCCCCGGCGUCGACCCCCAAGCUCAGAACCUCGAUCCCCGCAAGGUCCAGGACCACUUCGAGGAUUUCUACGAAGAUUUGUUUGAGGAGCUCAGCAAGUACGGGGACAUCGAGAACUUAAAUAUCUGCGACAAUAUUGCCGACCACAUGGUUGGAAAUGUGUACGUGCAGUUCCGAGAGGAAGAACAUGCUGCCAAUGCGGUUCAGAAUUUAACUGGAAGGUUUUAUGCAGGGCGCCCCAUCAUCGUUGACUUCUCUCCAGUGACCGAUUUUCGCGAAGCUACUUGCAGGCAAUAUGAGGAAAAUGUGUGCAAUCGAGGCGGUUACUGCAACUUUAUGCAUCUGAAAAAGAUUAGCAGGGAGUUGAGAAGGCGAUUAUUUGGGAGAAGUAGGCGCAGGCACAGCCGUAGUCGAAGUCCUCAUAAGCCUAGUUUCGAGAACCGUCCGCAUGGCUCUCGCGGUCCAAACAGACGAGAUGAUGACAGAGAUCGCCGUCACCAUGAUCGGGGUAGAAAGCUGAGAAGCCGAAGCCCUGGGCACCGCGGGGGAAGGAGUGCAAGCCCCGGAGGUAGGAGGAACAGGAGUCCAGUCAGGGAAAGUAGUGCGGAGCGACGGGCCAAAAUUGAGCAGUGGAACAGGGAAAAAGAAGAAGCAAACAACAAGAAUGAGAACGAUAACAAUGAGGCGGAGUUUUGAUGAUGCUUUGUCACUUCUCAGUCUAGAACUGGACAGUAAAUCAUGCAUGUUCGUGUAUGACUAUCCCUUUAGAUCCUUUUUUAAUUAUCUGGUGAUUAGGUAAUGCAGAAAAGAUCAGCAGCUCUGCAAAAUUCGCUCCUUGUCAUGGAAAAUGAAUUGAGUGUGUAAUAUUCCUUGGUCAAUCGAAAUGGAUCAGUGAGAAGAACGAUUUUUUAUGGUCUCAA